GAAAAUUCCAAAACUAACCCUAAUUUAUUCCACCAAACUAUCCAAGAGAGGAUGAUCGGAACCCUUCCCUCCUCCUCUUUCAGACGACACAAUCUGCUUCGACACUCCGCAGGGCGCAGCCUCCGCUAUCGCCUCAGGUGACAAGAGGCUACGUCGUUUCAAGAAGGUUUAUCUGCUAGCAUACAACUACUCAGAAAGGAAACUAGAGAUGUUGAAUUUAUUCUCUUCCGGCCUUCGUCCCUAAUUCGUCUGAUAGCGUCGGAACUUCCAAUGCUCUUUCCCCAACCAGGUUGUUACUUUUAAGUUGGUUGUUUAUUGGUGCCUUGGUAAUCCUGAUGUGAGGGAAUUCAUAAGAAGAUAAUUCGUGUAUUGGAGUAUGCAUGUUCUCAUCUCUGUGCAGAGCAACUUUUACAAUGAAGACACAUUGCUUUGGAAGGAACUUCUGCGUUUCUUCGUUCCCUUUGGUCCGUGUACCACUCCCUUCUCGAAUGGAGACCCAUUUGUGGUAUAUUCUACCUGAUGAAGUGAGCAGUGCAUCUAUCUUAAAUCAAUAUCAAGAUCUUCUAUCACCUUUUGAGAAGGAAAAUGUUUUACGUAUGCGCGGAGACGAGAUGAAAAAAAGAGCCCUCUUAGCCCGUGCUUUGGUUCGCACUACCAUAGCAAGAUAUCAGAUUAAUCCUCAAGUAAGUGCAAGAUCCUUGAAGUUUAGGAAGAACAUCCAUGGGAAGCCUGAGGUGGAGUGGCAACUUGAUGCUGAUUGGAGCUCACCACCUAUGCAUUUCAACAUCUCACACACUUCUUCUUUGAUAGCCUGUGGAAUUACCGUCGAUUCAUCAAUUGGUAUCGAUGUGGAAGAAAAACAGCGUACAGUGAAGAACAAUAUCUUGUCUUUUGCUCGACGGUAUUUCUCUCACCAGGAAGUGGAACACUUAACUUCAAUUUCAGACCCUGAAGUUCAGCGCCAGGAGUUCAUAAAAUUAUGGACGCUGAAGGAGGCCUAUGUCAAAGCAUUGGGAAGGGGCUUCUCGGCUGCACCUUUCAAGACCUUUUCCAUCCAAUCUAGGGCAUCGAUCUCUCCAAUUUCAAACUCUGAGGCAUCUGAAAUAGUUGUGGAGUCUCUUGAUAGCUCCACAAACCUUACAAGCAAUUGGCAGUUUGGGCUCUUGGAACUAGAAAGUUCGCAUUUUGCUGCAAUUUGCACAGAAAAGAAUAAUGCCUGUGAAGGCAGCACGGGUAAUAUUCCGAGGAAAUUGACAGUGUGGAAGACCAUUCCAUUUGUGGAGGAUACUUGUGUUUCUGGCACUGAUUUAGUUAAAAUGAUUGGUGGCUUGACUUAAUUUGUUGUUAUCAUGUGAAAUUAUGUAUCGGUGGUUAUGGUAUUAUACUAUGACGUUGGCUUAGGUUUUUAUUUUAUUUUUUUUACAUCGGUUUUUAGAGUUGUAAACCAGAAAUUUCAGACAGCGUGGGUUCUAUGCACAUUCAUACUCUUAUGAUGAUGAUAUGAGUGGCUUCCAUUAAAGGUAAUUGACCAACGAGCCAGUCGCCUAGCGGUAUCGGUCUCUUACUUCCCAAAGGGAGGUCAGGAGUCUCAGAAGAGACGUGUGUUGAGUAUCAACUAAAAAAAAAAAAAAAACAUCAAAGGCAAUUGAAUUGUACUACGUAAUAUAAGGUGUAUUUGUAAUUUCUUAUGGAUCUUGUUGAUGGAAGCAUCAACUCUUGGGAUUUUGAAUUUUAAUGCUUUAUUUCUAUUUACAA